AUGGAAAAUGUGGAAGCCACCCAUACAUUAGGACUAAAUGACAUUUCCUUGUACGGGGACGACCAAAGUCAAGCAACCACUGCGACGUUGGUACCCAAUAGCUGUAAUAACAAAGGUGGUGACUUAGACCAACAUAGGCACCCCACUGUUAGGAUGUGGUUCGAAACAGAGGACGAGGUAAAAAAAAUUUACAAGAACUAUGCUAUUCGAAAAGGUUUUGAAGUGAGGAUAAGAACUUCACAAAAGGAUCUGGAUGGGAACAUUUCGUAUUUGAAGUUAGUGUGCUCGCGGGAAGGAAAAUAUGUGUCCGCAAUCCCUCCAGAAAAGAAGACACUACGUACCCAAAGGAAGAAUUGUCCUGCUCAAAUGACUGCAUUUAAAAGAGAAGGAAAAUGGUGCAUUAAAACUUUGGUGGACGAACACAGUCACGAUAUUAGCCCAGGAAAGUCAAGGCUAAUUAGAGGUAAUAGAAUCAUCAGUAUGCAUGCAAAGAGAACCUUUGACAUAAAUGACGAGGCGGGAGUGCGCAUCAACAAGAGUUUUCGAUCGUUGGUUUUUUAUGCAGGCGGUUAUGAGAACCUGGAGUUUGUUGAGCGUGACGUUAGAAACUACUUAGGGGUCAAGCGGCGUGCUCUUGGAAAAAAUGGGGACGGCCAAGCAUUGCUAAAUCACUUUUCCCGCAUGAGAGAACUAAACAGUAAUUUCUUUUAUGAGAUUGACUUGGACUCCGAAGAUCGUAUCCGUAACAUUUUUUGGGCAGAUGCAAGGAGUCGAUCUGCAUGUCAUGAUUUCGGAGACGUUGUGUCCUUUGAUACAACUUACCUAACAAACAAAUAUGACAUGCCCUUUGCACCGUUUGUGGGGAUUAACCACCACGGUCAAUCAAUUUUAUUAGGAUGUGGAUUACUGUCUAAGGAAGACACAACGGAAAUUGUAAUCAAUGGAAAUUUGCAGAACAAUGGUUCUCUCACCGUGGAGAAGAAAAGCUUUAAGAGCGGGCCAAAAAUGAACUCCAGCGCGGGAGCAGUUCUAUGA